AUGAAAAUGCUGCCUAGAGGCCACGUGUGGUGGCUCCGCCUUACGCAAGACGCUAAACAAACAGUGAAAAAAUGCUUCACAUGCCAGUUGACCCAAAAUGCGGCACCCAAAGUUCCUGUAAUGUCAUGGGGAGUGUCUAGGCGCCGGUGGAAGUGUGUGCACUUAGAUUUUGCUCAUCGUGACCAACAUUGGUUUGUAGUGCUAGUUGUCUCCUAUUCAAAGUGGGCUGAAGUGUUUGUCGUGAAGUCAACUAGUUGUGAAAAGACAAUAGAGAAGCUGCGCACAGUAUUUGCCGCGUACGGGUUACCGGAAGAAGUGGUCACAGACAAUGGCCCGCAGUUUACAUCAGCACUUUUCGAGACAUUCAUGAGACGGAAUGGAAUUCGGCACACUAAAUCGGCUCCUUAUCACCCAGCAUCGAAUUGCAGCGCGGAACGUUGUGCACAGACUUUAAAAAAAUCUUAUUAA